AUGGCUGACGAUCAACUUCGUAACUCGUCGAGCUUUUCGACUGCUAUCGAACACUUCAAGAUCAAGUCCGGCUUGACGUCACGAGAGCUAGUUGAUAUACAGGUAACAUCGCUCCCAAACCUUCAGGAUGCCCUUGGAUCGAUACAACAGAAGCAACUUGCCUCCAAAACCCAAAGACAUCUCCGUCGGCUUCAGCCAUUUUUGGAUUCGAUGGAGCAGUACAGUCAAGUGAUCAAUGUGUUUGCCAAUACUUCGGAUAUCGUCGCUUUCAUCUGGGUUGCGUCCAACUUCUCCGAAGCUUUCAAUACCAUGCUUGAAGGCUAUUCCUCCAUCGGCGAAAGCUUUCCUCAAUUUGCUCAGUAUGAGGCUUUGUUUGGAAACAAUUCAUACAUGCAGUCUGCGCUGUCUGCCAUUUUUGAAGACAUACUUGACUUUCAUCUUGAGGCGGUAAAGCUCUUCAAGCAGCGAAGUAUUUACAUCUCAUCGAUAGCCUUGGCAGUGAAAGCUAAUUCUGGCUCAGCGUGGAAGUCGUUGUGGCAUGCCACAGGACGAGGGCUCACUGGUAGGAUUCAAUCUUUGGCGAAGACUCUGACGCGCCACAAAGCCAUUGUAGAGACGCAAGCUUCUCUAGAAGAGUAUCAGCAAUGUCAAGAGUUUAGAAGAGAGAUGCGGUCAAAUCUAGAGAAAACACAAGAAUUAGAGGAUACCCGUCAAAGAACGCGUGUCGAGCAAUGGCUGGGUCCAAUUGACAUUGGUGUUAGGCAUGAGAAUGCGGCCAAAGAACGAUUCCAAGACACGGGCAGAUGGCUGCUUCAGAACCAUCGUUUCCAGAGCUGGAAGAGCCAUGAUCAAUGUAUCGAUCCACUUUUAUGGCUUCAUGGUAUGCCUGGUGCUGGAAAGACUGUGCUUGCGUCCCUGAUUGUUGAUGAAUUGCGCAAAUCGGCCGACACCACGACCCUCUGCUUCUAUUGCAAAAAUAGUGAUUCCCAACGCCAUGGGGUUUUAACGAUUGCCAAAUCUUUGAUGUCUCAGAUACUGACGCAACAGAGUUCUGUUCUCCAUUAUCUUUACGAGGAGGCAUCUAAUAGCAGUGAAGCUGUUCUUUCGACAACUUCAAAAGCCAAGGAAUUGCUUGAAGUAGCUCUCAAGAGUUGUCAAAGCGCUUACAUUGUUCUUGAUGGGCUUGACGAGUAUUCUCGAGAAGAUCGCAAGGAGCUAUCAUCGUGGUUCCAGAGUGUGAUAUCGAAUCUUUUGAAAGCUGAUUUCGGUUCAAUCCGAUGCCUGUUUAUUAGCCAGGAGGAUGGAUUUGCUCGGAAAGACCUGUCUAUGCUCUCACAAAUCAAAAUUACGCCGGCUGAUAACAAAGCUGAUAUCGAGGCAUUCUGUGCGGAUUGGCACGCGCAAAUUGAGAAAAAGUUUGGACCUCUGCGUGAAGAAACACAUAAUGUCCGCAGGAUUGUCAGUGCGAGAGCUCAAGGAAUGUUCCUUUACGCCAAACUCGUGACUUGGAAUCUCCGCGAGCAGACGACACGUGCGGAUUUCGAGGAGGAAAUUGGUCCUGAUAGGGUGCCAGAGGGUUUGGACGCGGCUUAUGACAGGAUAAUGGAGCGGCUUCUGAGUCCUAAGAUUCGACCACAAAAAAGAUGCGACAGUAUUCGAAAGCUUCUUGGUUGGCUUGCUUGCGCAAAGCGUCCAAUGAAAUGGUAUCUUGUGCGAAACAGCCACAUAAUCAUUUCCGAUGUAGAAUUCGAUCUAGCGAUUCGAUGCUGCGUGUACUUGAGCAUGCCAGAAUUCUGGACUAGCAAUUGUGACAGCAACAUUGCGGAAGCAAUCGUGAAAGGAACCUAUGCGUUUACCGACUAUGCGAUCUGUUUUUGGGUCCUUCACCUUGAAGCGGCACUGUCCGACUUUGACGAAGAGAAAACAGAUCGACUGUUGGAGGUGGCCGAGUGCAUUGGCGCCUUCCUCGAUGUGCACUAUCAAAGUUCGGACAAGACGUAUGUGAUCUCGGACACGCUCAGCGAGCAUAUGAAGUUGUUGCGCGACCAGCCAUUCUACGGCACAAUCUGCCAAGCUAUAGCAGUAGCCAAGAGUUGGCUACGUCCAAGUGCCAAAGAGCCAUCAAAUAACGACGUCCUCCGUUUACCUGGCUCUCUGACUCAGAUUCGUGCUGUCCACCAACAGCUGAUUUCGUCCUCCUCGACACCAACAGACAACAAAGAACAGAUUUACCAACACAAUGGACCCAAAUCCUUCAAGUGUCCACGCAUGAAUUGCCAAUUUUUUCACCAAGGGUUCUUGACCUAUGAACAACGUGAGCAGCAUAUCAGCAAGCAUGAGCGAUCAUUUAUUUGUGUUAGAGAAGGAUGCUUUUACAAAAUCAUUGGCUUCACGACAGCCAAAGACUUAGAGAAGCAUGUCUCUGAGUACCAUGGUGUCCCAGUCCAAGAAAGAGAAGUAAAGUUUCCGGAAGAUGCUCCCCCUAAAGUUGUUAAGCCAACAGAGCCGCAAAGUCGAAGAGUGCACCAAAGAUUACCAAGGAAGCGACCAACAAGUUUCGAUUGCCAUCUCUGCUCGAAUAAAUAUACUCGAGCGUAUAACUUGAAAUCGCAUUUGCGGACUCACACAAACGAGCGCCCAUUCGUUUGCAGGAUGUGUCAAAAGGGUUUCGCACGAGAUCAUGAUUGUAAACGACACGAAGAGUUACAUUCAGACGAGAAGAGAUUUGCCUGCAAGGGCCAGCUGUCGACGGGUAUCCCCUGGGGUUGUGGCAAAAGAUUCGGUCGUGCAGAUGCGCUGAGUAUUCACUUCAAGUCAGAAGCUGGCCGACAAUGCAUCAAACCCUUGGUAGACGAGGGAGCGGCCGGACGAGAGAAGAUAUCCUCUGCCAAUGAUUCAAGCGCAAUCAUCGAGCGCGCAGUUCUCUGGUAUCAGGCAGGGGCAGACGGAAAUCUGCCCACACCUUGGAAUGGCAGAGAUCAGGCCGUUACUUCUAGCGAUCAGCCGACGAAUGUAGAGGGUUCCAACCGGAGAGACAUGAUGACAAAUGAACACCAGCAUGCUGAGCCUGUGGACUGGUCUCACAUUCCGCUUGGAACCAGUCUGUCACGCCCUGAAGCCGUUGAAGGGUUUAACCUAUGGGUUUAUGGUGACUCAAUAGGAAGUGAUCGGAGUAAGCCCCUGGGGGAGAGCUGA